CCUGCUGAUCAGCAAGACUACAAUGAAGAGUAUGCCGGGCCUGCUCCCGACCACCCUCAUUCAUAUUGGCCAACGCAGGACCACCAAAUGCAAGAUAACCAAGCCAAUAUGAAUAAUGGCCCUAAACUCUACUUUGAUGAUCAUGGCAGCGGAAAAGUUGGAGAAAUAUUUAUUUGCAACGAAACGACUGAUGGAACACUUGCUGUUCAGAAGGAGUUCCUUGGCAAGCAGAUCACAGGCUUUGGUGGUGGCUUUGACAAAAUGUUUGUUCUUGAAGAAGGCCUUGGAUAUGAAGGAGCAGUCAGCCCUCUCCAUACUAUAGGCAGAGAGCAGCCUCAGCAGGACCCAGAUGAGGUAAAUCCGGAGGAUAUACCUUAUAACCAGACACCAGAGGGAGAGCAAUAUGAAGAAAAUUCAAAAAUUGAUAAUUUUGAAGGUGAUCCGAACAUUCAGGAGUUCCAUGACCAGGAGAUGAAUGAAAGAAAUACCCAAAUUCAAAGAACAAGAGGGUCUAGAAGAUCAGGUACAGGAAAUGGAGAUGAUAGAGGUAGAACAGCUGGCUCAGAAUACGAGAUGGGCAACACCAGAACUUAUCAUGAAGGUAGCAGUCACCUCAAGCAAGUAGUAUCAGGGAAAAACCACAUCAUUCAGCUUUCUAGAGAUGGUUAUGUCUCCUCAUUUGGAAAUGAUGAAUUUUCUGUUUCUGGCCAUGGUGGCUCUAAGAUAGUAGAUACUCCUCAAAUCUUAAAGCAUUUGUCAGACAAGAGAGUCGUCCAGAUCGCCUGUGGGGAAAGCCACUCUGUGAUCCUUACUGACAAGAAUGAUGUCUACACUUGGGGAAGAGGAUAUGAAGGACAGUUAGGAGUAUCCAAUCUGAUUGAAAUCGCUUCAAAGCCUAAUUACGUUAAGGGAUUUUUUAAGAAUCCAGUCAUUUUUGUUGCAGCUGGAGCUCUCUAUUCUCUUGCUAUUACUCAUGAGAAUAAGCUUUAUGGCUGGGGAGAGGCUAGACUUGGACAGCUUGGAAUAGGAACAAAGACUCGGAUUGUUAAAACCCCUGUCCAAAUUCCCAUUGAAACUGAAGUGGAGAGCCCAAAUGCUAGAGCCUCUCGCUCUCAUGAUAUUGAUGAUCAUCCAAGAGAGAUAGAAGAUGUAAAAAUAAUAUAUUGCUCAGCAGGGCUUGGCCAUACCUUAGCGAUUUCAGACAAAAAUGAGCUAUUUGUUUGGGGAUUCAAUAAUUGUGGCCAACUCGGGCUCGGAGACCAAAUAACAAGAUGGUCUCCUGAAAAGAUGACACAAGAUUCAAAAGGAAACAGAAUUCCUCCAUUUAAGAAGGCUGUUUGUAGUUACUAUAGCACAUAUGCUAUCACUGAACGAGGAAAGCUCUAUUCCUGGGGCAAGGGAUAUCUUGGCCAUGAAGGAAAAUCAACUGAAUUCUUGCCUCGAAGAGUAGAAACACUCAAAAGAAACUUCACUGAUGUAUUUUGUAAUAAAGAUAUGUUUUCAGUAUAUUCUCCAAUCAAGGUUACUUCUAUAUUUCCCAACUGUGGGCCUGCCCACGGAGGCACUGUUAUUUCAAUAGUUGGGACUGGACUAGUAGACAGUGACAAAUUAAAAGUCAGGUUCACUUUUGGAAAUGUAUACAAAGAAAUGUUUUGCUCCUUUGAGCCUGGAAAUGACUCUAUAUACUGUCAGACACCUUCAUUUGAGGAAUUUGAAGGACAACCAAAUGCGUCAUUAGACUUACCAUGCAGAUGCAUCAUCUCAGUAACCACAGACGGAGUAAACUACUCAGAAUGAGAAGAGGAAUUCAUUAUCUGCAACAAUAUUCAUGUUGAAAGUGUGCAUCCAAAGUCAGGCUCUGUUCAAGGAGGAGCAGAGCUAAAAUUCAAAGUUAGCCAUAUAGAAGAGGUUGGAGAUAAUACCUCACAUCUCUUAGUAGGAUUUUACCCUGCUCCAAAGAAAUCUCAAGCUCAUCAAUCUAGCAAAAAGGAGGUGAUGCAUUCAACUAUUACUAAGAAUCAGAGUAUGGAGGAGCAUGAGGAGAAUAAAGGUAAAGGUUUGAAUGCUUCCCAACAUUCCUCGGCUCUUGGAAGUAACAAUCCAGCUCAUGAUGAAACCAUCCAAAAUGUGGAUACUAAGCCAGAAGAAGAUAAUAUCAAGACAGGAAACUGGGUCUGAGAGUCUGGUUAUUACAAAGACGGAGAAGUUUGCUGUAAAGUUCCUUUCUUAGAAAAAUAUGAUGCUAGUAAUUUGAGGUUCAAUGUUGAUGUUGCUCUAAACGGACAGCAAUUUACUGGGCAUCCAUUGAAGUUCAGAUAUUAUGAUAUUAAGAUACACGAAACAGUCCCUCCGAAUGGUCCAUCAGAGGGUGGAACUAUUCUUCAAUUUGUUGGAGAGGGGAUGUACCACUCCUCAAUCCAACGUAUCAAAUUUUCAGCUGAGAACUGCAGCAGAGAAGUUGAAGCAAAUUGGAACAGGAAAUCCCAAACCAUUUCCUGUGUUGUACCUCCACUUACCUGGUUAUUCGGUGGAGAAGAUGUCUCAGAGGAAGACAAGAAGAAGGUCAUGAACUCUGGAGUCAAAGUUGGGCUAACAUUUAACAAUCAAGAGUGGAUUGAAGUUCCUGGCUUCAAGUACCAUAAUAUCUCCAUUUCCCAUCUGGCCUAUGCUGAUAAUUUUGGAGAAGAGCUUGAAACAGAAGAGGAAAAGCAGAAGCUCUGGAUUAGUGAGGAACCUAUAGAGCAGCCCUCAGCAGAACUUACUGAAGAGGAGAUCAAGAAAUGGGAAGAGGACAAAGCCAAGAGAAUUACGGAUGAGAAGGAAGAGGUCCUAAACUCUAGUAGGAGAAUUGGAGCCAAAAUGUUCAUCUAUGGGCAAAACUUCCUUAAAGCAGGUGACAACUUGAGACUGAAAUUCUCCCUUGGUGAGAAGUCAGCUGAGGUCACUCCUAUUUUUAAGAACUCUGAGAAGUUAGCUGUAGAAAUUCCUGAUUUAGGUGAGGAAAUUGAAGUUGGCACCCAUGCUGUCAAGAUUGAGGCUAGCGUCAAUGGCCAGAAUUAUACCUCUAAUGGGCACACAUUCCAGUGGAACCAAAUCGAUAGGAACAUGUCUGAGGAAGAACUUAAAAAACUCAUGGAAGCCGAAGAAAAGGCUAAGGGCAAAGGAGGCAAGAAGAAAUAAUUCUUUAAAAUUCA